UUGAUUACGUCAUAUUGUUUUGGUACGCGCUGCCUUUUUUCACAUUGAGUUUGUAGCCUUCUAUUUUAUGAUCAAAAUGAAUAAAGGUAAAGUCAGUGGUGUGUCCUGGGUGAAACCAUCAGAACCAUCGUUUUUGAAAAAGUUUAAGAAUGAUGUUGGAUACAAAGAAGGACCGAACGUAGACACAAAGCGUCAGGUGAUGCCGACUCCAGACGAUGACAGCAGUGGCAGUGACCGGGAAGACGAGCAGCCACAGGUGGUGGUGUUAAAGAGCGGAGACCUCUCUGCAGAAGAGGCAAAGAUCAUCAAGGACCAGAUACAAGGGGACAAAGACAGUGAUGACAAGCCAGCUGAUGGCAAAAUCCUAUUCAAGAAACCGGCUAAACGCUCCUCAUCAGAAAAGUUUCAGGGCAUCACUGCGAGCUCCAGCAAAAGGAAGAAAAAUGUAGAUGAGGAAACAAACAAGAAGGAAGGCUCAGGUAAAAAGGUCAAAAACAACAGUCUGUUGUCAUUUGGAGGAGAUGAGGAUGAAGAGGAAGACUGAGUUUAACCAAGUCAGAGGGGACAGGUGCUAUCAAAUUCAAUCAUUUUACACAAAGAAAACAGCACUCACUUCUUCAUAAUGAAACCUUUGUAGCAAACAAACUGAUAAAAUUCUGUGAAAUGCAAAACUUUAAAAAUAUACCUUUCAUGUCCAUAUAGCAAGUUGUUGUGCAAAUAGUGAGAGGCUGGAGUGGUAUCUGUUCUUCAGUUGUGAAAUACUGAGGCUGAUUUUUAAACAUACAGUUGGCACAAAAUAAUACAGCGUGUAUCAUCAGUGUUUGCCAGCUCCUACUUUUGUACAGCAUUUUGAAGUUUCAAGUCAAGUAAGAUUUCUUUUGACCCUGAACUAAAUAUUGUAUAAUGCUGUUGUAGAUGUUAAUGCAUUUACAUUUUUAUGAGGUUAUCGAAUCAUAUUUUUGUUUCCUAGUCAAUUUGAACUUGUGGUGUGUUAAACUCAGUGUAUAUGCAAGUUUGCUGAUAAUUUAACAGUAUACUGUACAUUCAGUACUAUACUGAAUGUAUAAAUAUAUUUUGGCUUCGUCAAAGGAGCUGUAAAACAUGAUGUAGACAAUGCAUUCAGGGCAAUGCAGUUUUUAUGUGAGUAUGAUUUGUGUACGUUUUUAUACACUGUCCAUUGCUUAAACUGAACAUAUUAAAAAAAAAAAAAAGUAGAA